AUGGAUUCUAUUGAUAAAUCCGACGAAAAUAUUAGUCCAAACUUAGAUAACAAGGAAGAAAAGAAAAUGAAAUCUGCAUUGAGUUGGAGCCUGAUUCUUAACUCCGGAGACUCUAAUAAUGCAGGAACAUCAAACAAAAGGAGAAAAAGGAGUAUGAGCAGGUGUAAAUCUGGAACUCAAUCUAAUUCUAGUAUAUAUUCAAAUUCUGUCAUUAAUUCUUCAUAUCAAAGCAAUUCAUCAUCGCUGUUAAAUUCUUCCAUCUGUAGUAAAGUUAAUAAAGAGAACUUAUUAAAAAAGAAACGAGAUUUUAAACAGAACUUUCAGAUUAAUCGGAUAUUUUUUGAAGAAUUUCCAGUAUAUAGGAAGGAGUACCAGUAUCCAAGUAAAUACCUAUCAAUGGAUACACAAAAUGAAGGCCCUAGUAAUUUUAACGAGAACUAUAUAAGAGGGUCACUAAAACUUAUACCAAGGAGGUCUAACAUGGAAUCAGAACAUAUUAGUAACCCUUUUUUGGCAUUUUUUGAAAACAAGAAGAUUUGCUUACUAGGGGAUGAAGAAUACUUAUUUCAUAGUAAGAGGCAGCUUUUAUUGAAAUUAAGAUGGUAUGGAGCCAAAACAUUGGAUUACUAUUCAUCAAGAGCCGACUAUGUGAUUUGCUCUUCAACUUUUAAUGAAGUUAUGGCUAAACUUAAAGAUCUUUCAAUCAUUAAAGAUAAAGGGAACAGUAACAUGCUGCAAAAACUUCAGAUUGAUAAGGAUAUUAAAGAAGUUCAAUUUGAGAACUUACGUGGAGUCAGGAUUGGACAACAAAUCAAACUUACAGAACUGGAGCUAUUAGACUUUGUAGAUGAAGAUUUAGAAGUCGCAUUAGAAAUGAUGAAUAUUUCUGAAUUAGAGAAAAAUACUUGGAAUGAACUUGAAAAUUCAAAGUCUCGAAUGAAACUGGAACUUUUGAGACCAAAGACAAUGUGGGAGUUUAUUGGGAAUAAAGAUUGUGCAGAUGAGUUAUAUAAUAGCCUAUUAUGCUUGAGACUCCAAUGUGAGGAUGAAAGUGUAUUGAAAGAUCAAGGAAUUAAUCACCUUAACUUGAGUGAAUCGGAUGGAUUUCAAAGAAAUCACCAAUUAGAAGCUUUAAAUGAUGAAUCCUGUGUUAUCUUUGUGUUAAUUUCUCCAGGUAAUAUUGGGUCUCAGGUUUGUGCAGAACUUGCAGCUUUUGGAUGUGGAUACGAUGUAAAAGUAUAUAAAGGGUCAGAUGUGGUGGAGCCAAUAGUGAAACAGUGGAAAAAAGGCCAUUUUUUCAAGUUAUUUGAAGAUUCUGAAUCACCCCCUGUUUGCACCAUAAUGACUGAUUGUAGUGGAGUAAUCAAGACAGGUGAUAUAUUAAAGAUCAAAAAUUCCUAUUAUAAUUCAUUGUUUAUGAAGGAUGAAGGUGGUGGGAUUGGAUGCCACAAUGGGAAAAGGAAAAAGUCCAUGAAAUCUCAAAAACAUCCAACAAAUUAUAAUUUAGAUUCUUGGGAAAAUCCUCAAGAAACUAGACAAAUAGUUAAAAAACAGAAUCCAGGAGCAAUUAUAUUCAUAUUAGAGGAAACUUCAGAAACUGCUCAAUUUUUUCUAAGCCACUGCAAUAACAGUAAUAGGUCUUUUGGUUGUAGCAGAUCUUAUACUUUAUGCAAACUAGAUGGAGGAUCUUCAACAGGUCAAGCUAUUAAAGUUCUUAGAUUUAAUAACCUAACAAAAUCUGCUGUAGCAUGUAAGCUUUAUACUAGAUUUAAAAGUCCAACAUUACUUAGUAUUCUCAUUGGUCAAUUUGGCCCAAACAUAAUUAAAGCAUCCCAAAUAAUGCAUUGGAUCCACCUAAUAGACUCAUUGGAUUUAAGCAAUAUACUGAGUUGUAUUUCCUUAUCAUACACUCCAAUACUUUUUGAUUCAAUUUUGGAGAUACCUUUGUUAAUGAUUCAAAAAUGUCUAUUAAACCAGGAGGAAACAUCAAUGAGAGAAGAGAUUUGGAGUUUUAGUUCCUUUGGUCUAAUAGAAGAUCAAAUAGGUAUUUUUGAGGUUUUACUUAAGGUAUUGCACGAUUUAGUUACAUCUAUAAUUUCUUGUUUGGAUCUUAAAGAAGAAAACAGCUAUGAUCACCAGGUAUUAAACCCAGAAUUUAAGCAAGUAAAAACUCCAAACUAUGCCACAGGAUUUGAAUCCCCACAAAUAAUUAUGAAAGGAUAUUCUCAGAAUUGUAGCUGUUUUAUCAAUGCAAUGUUUCUGCAUGAUUUAACUGAGAUGGAUACUAAAUACCAAAUAGAGAAGUUUCCUCAUUUGGUCUUUCAUUCUUCAGGAAACUUCUCACAACAGCUCCAAUAUCAGUUAUAUCAGAGUCAAAAUCAACAACAAAUACAACAUCAAGACCAUAGAGCAACAUGUGAAUCUUAUUUUACUACUUUAUAUUCUAUUGCUCUUUUUAAUCUGACAAGUAUUCUCAAGCAAAAUAUUCCUAACAAAACUUUGUAUUCUGAAAAGGUAAUAAAUUUAGUUAAUGACAAGUUACUUAAAUAUAGUCCAAUAAAUACUGGAUAUGACAAAAAUCUUACUAAUUACUAUAUUAACAAAAAGCAAGAACUUUCUUCAAGCUGGAGAUAUAUGGAAUAUCUCAUUUUGAAACAAAUAGGAAAUUCAAUUUCCAAAGUAACCUGGAGAUCAGUUUCUAUUGACUCCAGUAUACCUAAUUUGUACUAUAAGAAAAAUGUAAAUCAAGCUAAGUAUCAUGAUAUAGUUGCUUAUAUUCCUUCAAGGAUCCCCAAACUAAGCGUAAGGAUCCCUGAUAUGUUUAAACAUAACUAA